AGCCUGGAUUUCUGGAAGCUGCUCUAUGCUCUUCUGAAACAAAUCCAUGGAGGCAAGUGGACUGAGCCUGAUGCCACAGAUAACCAAAUUAGGUUUGUAAAAUCAGCGUUGUGGUACCAUGGCUAUGGCAGGCCAGAACUCUAUCGGCUCCCCUCCGACGGCUCAGCGGGUAGUCGGGAGCUGCUGCUGGCAUUUUCCUGGCUGCUGCACAGACUCAGCCUCUUGGAGCAGCUUUUGGCUCGGAACAGAGUAAAGACUGGGGAUGAAACCUCUGUGUGCACGUGUGAAGAUGAUCUGCCUAACAGCCAGAAAGGUACAACUGAAAUAGCACCUGAAUAUGGGCUAGAAGACAGAGUAGACGUUCGAUACCUUCAGUGGUUAAAUGGGAGGCUGAGGUUCCAGUGGCGGAGUUUGCAUGCUCAGCACCAAGAGCAAUGCAAACUUUUGCACAAGAUUCAUUUAUUCACUAGUGGCUCCCAUAUGGACCAGACCCUUGGACAUUUUUCUGUCAUUGAAACAGAUCUCGUUAGACAACCGGAGAACUACAAGCAGCUGUUGCAGCUUCUGGAGUCUGAAACCAUGCAACUGGAAGCCUUUCUGGAGUGGAAGCAACUGGAACCAGUUUAUUGGCAGUGGAUGGAAACUGUGUUAGAUAAUAUGGCUGAAGAAGGAAACAUCUGCGAGUCCCAGGACACUCAUGUGGAGAAAAGUGGGCUGCCAAAGGCGACCUCAUGCUGCCCCUGGGCUGACAGUCUGACUGGGCAAAUUGACAGAUUAUCCAGAGACCUAAUGACUCUCCGUGACCAACUGCAUGAGCUUGUAACUCACCGAAAGGCUGCGUGGUGUGAGAAGGUGAAAACAAGAGACGAAGAACUACAGAAGGAGCAGUUCUCCGCCACUGCUAGAAAGAUACAGGAAAGUGUUGAACUAAAACUGCUAGAUCUUGCAUCAUUUUGUGAUCCAAAAAAAAAAAAAAAGCAUGGUUCGUGCAGACUGGUCUUCAGAAGCAAACAUCCUGCCAGCAAAACGGGCUUCAGUAGGUCUGUAUCCAAGGAGCCUGCUUCAGCUGUCAGUGCUACAGAGGUGAUCAGAGAACUGCAGAUGAGAGAGGCCAGCCUGGAGAGAGAGCUGAAGCAGCUGCAGGAAGAGUGCAGGCAGAGGCUGGAUGAAAUUGCAGAAGGGUUGGAUGGAGUGAUUUGUAUCUCCCCUUGA